CAUCCCACAUUAGUGAGUGAGACUUCGAGGGGUGAGGACACGCGCCGCCGCCUCUCAGUGCUCAGUUCUUUUCGCGCCCCCCCCCCCUUAAUUAUCCUUACUGGGGGGUCAUUACUGGGUCAUUGGGGUCAUUUAGUGUUCGCGGGGGCAGGAUGAGUGCGUGGAUAUUACUAAUCUUCGCUAUCGGCGCCAUUACAGCCAAGGCGGAACAUGCAGGCGUCAUCCCGCAGUUCGACCUGGUGCGCCCCUCUGAGGGAUACCACGGCUUGGUCUCUGAGGACAGCACACUAGUGGAGGUGCAGCCAGCCAUCCGCGCCUACCCCGACGUCUGCACCUUCAGGAUUGCCAACAAGCAUCACGGCGAGGCGCCCUUCAUGAUCCACCUGAGGGACGGAGUGUCGGGCGAGGCGGAGUUGCAGGCCAAGCGUCCACUCAACUGCGAGAAGCGGAAGAAUUAUAAAUUUGACAUCACGGCCAUUUCCUGCUCGGGCGUGGAGUCGCACAAUGUGACAGUCCACGUGAAGGUGACCGACGUCAAUGAGUACGCGCCGGUGUUCGUGGAGCCGUCGUAUGUACGGGACGUGGACGAGGGGCGGCUGUACGAGGAGGUGGUGGCGCUGCAGGCGGAUGACCAGGACUGUUCUCCCAAGUACGGGGACAUCUGCCGCUAUGAACUCCUCACCAGGGACCAGCCCUUCACCAUAGACAGCGAGGGGGUGAUCCGCAACACUGAGCCGCUGGACUACGAGCGCUCCCACAACCACAUCCUCUCCGCUGUGGCCUACGACUGUGGCAUGAAGAGGUCGCAGCCUGUUAUGGUCACAAUCAAAGUCAACAGGGUGUGUCGCAUCGGCUGGAAGGGCAUCCCGGACCAGGUGGAGUACUCGCCAGGGUCAGGCCGCCAGGAGCUGUUCCCCGCCGCCUCCCUGGAGCUGUGCAAUGUGCCGUGCCGUGUGGAGAGGGUGCAGGCCAGAGUCACCCUCACCACCACGCACAUCGGGAAGGGCUGCGACCGUGACACCUACUCCGUGGCUGCCCAGAGGAAGAUGUGCGGCGCCAGUUCAGCCAGCGUGGAGCUCCUGCCCGCCCCUGGUGCCGGCCGCGAGUGGACCGCCGGCUUGCACUCCGACGAGGGGCAUGAGGGUGACCUGAUCUACCAGUUUGAGGGCGACAGUUCCGGGGCGGUGGUGCCUGAGUCCGUCCUUCCACAUAACCUCACCAACACCUUCACCAUCUCCACCUGGCUCAAGCACAAGGCUCACCCCAAUAUGGACAAGCACACCAAGGAGCACGUUCUCUGCACCGCCGAUGACCACAAGAUGAACCGUCACCACACAGCCGUCUUCGUGCGGAACUGUCGCCUCAUCCUUCUGCUCCGCCGCGAGUCAUCCGAAGCCAACCUCAACACCUUCCAGCCAGCCGAGUGGAGGUGGAAGCUGUCCCAGGUGUGUGACAACGAGUGGCAUCAUUAUUCCAUCCACGUCAGCUUCCCGGAGGUCACCCUGUACGUCGACGGCCACAUCUUCCGCCCUGAGAAUGGAGAGUCACCUGAGGUGAUUGAUGACUGGCCGCUGCACCCCACCAGAGGCAUCAACACCACCAUGUCCGUUGGCGCCUGUUGGCAGGGGUCUGAGAGCAGCAUGAAGCACGGUCUGACGGGCUACCUGGCAGGGCUGUCUGUGCUGGUGGGUGCCCUGGAGAGCCCCCGCGUGCUGGCCUGCCUCACCCGCUGCCAGGAGGCCCUCGACACACCUGCCAUGGAGCUCCUGCAGCCCAGCAUGGAACUGUUGACCAAUAAUGAGAUGACGCAGAUCACUGUGGAAGGCAACAACAUCACCAACAUGGAGACACUCAUCCACCGCAUCGCCUACGUCAACAGCCGGGACUUCCCCACCCCGGGCCGCCGCCCCAUCACCGUCGUGGCCAACAUCAUGUGUGACUCGGGCAAGUCCUUCAAGGUCGACCCCGCCCAGAGCUUCGUGGUGGUCAUGCAGCCGCACCAGCCAAGCAUUGAGCUCAACGGCACCACAAACUUUGCCGAGGAGUACGAGUCCUUCCGCCAGGGCCUGCGAGUGUUCCCCGACGUGGGUGUGUACCUCUCACCCGCUGCGGAGGAGGCAACCGCACCCACACCCGGCGGACAGCUCGACGAGUGCGUGGUCUCGGUCUACCCAUCACUCAACCCGGAUCACGAGACUCUCCUCCUGCCCGACAACCUGAUUUCGGAGCUCGGCCUGGCCUCGACCACCACACGCCAGGGGGCAACCAUUUCGGGGGCACAUACAACGCACCACUACCAGUCCAUCCUCCGCCAAAUUCACUACGCCAACCGAAAGCCGGCCUACUACCUCAACCGCGCCUUCAAGCUCUCCUGCUCUGAGCUCGGCGGAAGAUUCACGAGCAAUGAGUAUGUGCAGACGGUCACCGUCAUCCACCCACAACUCAGCGUGGAGAAGACAUCUGAUCUCAUGGACCCGAACAGCAGCCCCGUGGACCAAGCCAGCCUCUCCGACACCCCCGCCCUGCCGCCCCGCCCGCCCCACGGCCAGCGCACCCCCGUCGGCGGCCCCAUACCCCACCACAACCCGCCCCCCGCCCCUGCACAUGCCCGGGUCUCGACGCACCAUGUUGAGGCAAAGGCGCCCCAUACAGUCAAGGAUGUGUACUUCAGCUCCUCUGUGAUGGAGGGAGCUGCCGUGAACAGUGCCGGCCACGCAGUCACCAUCAUCAUCGUGGUGUGCGUGGGCUUCCUGGUGUUCAUGGUGGUGCUGGGCGUGAUCCGUGUGCGCGCCGCCCACACCCGAGGCACCCACCAGGACAUGGCGGACACGGAGAUGGCAUGGGAUGACACCUCCCUCAACAUCACCGUCAACCCCAUGGAGCAACAGCUCGGCAUGCCAGAGACGCAGCGGCUGAGAGACGACGAGGAUGAUGACGACGACUCCUCAGACGACGGCAGCAACUUCAACGACGACCUCGACUCGUCUGAUGAAGAGGAAGGGAAACCGAAGGAGUUGGAAUGGGACGACUCAACCCUUAAGAUGUAAACUCUCUCUCUAUCUCUAUCUCUCUCACUCUCUCUCUCAAUCUCUCUCUCUCUCUCUCUCGCUUUCUUUUUUCAUCACCGCCGUCGCUGCCACUGGUGUUGUUUUACGGAGAAUCAUCACCACCGCGCCUUCAUCACCACCACCACCACCACCAGUCAUCACCACCUUUGUCUUGGGUGUUUGUGUGUUUAUCAGUGAUCUGGUGUUGAAGUUUGGUGAUUUUUUGUACUUGCGUUUUUUUUUUUUUUUUUUUUUUUUUUUUUUUUUUUAAUAUAUAUAUACUACGAUUGUGAUUUUUUGUGCCAUAUUGUUUCUCUUCCUCCUCCUCCUCCUCCUCCUCUUCUUCAUUCUCCUCUUCCUCCUACUUCUCUGCUACUAUUAUUUCUCCUUUUCUUUCUCUCUAUCUCCUCCUCCUCCUCCGUCUCCUCCUCUUCCUUCUCCUCUUCUUCAUUCUCCUCUUCCUCCUACUUCUCCUCUGCUACUAUUUCUCCUUUUCUUUCUCUCUCUAUCUCCUCUUCCUCUUCUUCUUUCUCUUCAAAUUUUAUCAACUCUAUCUCUUGUUCUGCUUUUUCUAUCUACUUCUUCUUCUUUUCCUUCUUUUUCUUUGUCUCCUUUCCUUUAUCUUUCUUUUAUUUCUGUUUCUCUCCUUCCUUCCUUCCUUCCUUCCUUCCUUCCUGUCUGCUUACUAAAUAGAAUCUCUCUUCCUCCUCCUCCUCCUCUUCCCUUUCUUCCAUUCCUUCAUUCUUUACCCAUAUCUUCAUUUCCAUUCCUCACAUAUUUCUCUCUUUCUUUCUUUUUUAAUAUACUUAUAAUGUCUUUCUUUUAUGUCUGUUUCUUGGAUGUGCUGAUGAUGCUGAUGACUAGACAGACAGACAGGAGGGAUAGAUUGAUAGAUAGACAGAGAGACAGAGAGCUAUCAGGUGUUCAUAUCCUUUCACAGCUGUUAUAAAAUUGUGAAGAAUUGUUGUACAUAUUCUUUUAUCAUGUAUGUAUAUGACGGAUUUAUUUAUUAGGGGAGAGGAGGAGUAAGAGGAGAGAGAGAGAGAGGAAGAGUUUAUAAGAAUUCUCAGUCAAGUCAGUCAUUCAGUCAGUCAGUCACAUCCACAUUACUCAUUUACUUAAAUUGUGAUACUUUAUUGGUGGUGGUGAUGAGUGGUGGUGGUGGUGGUGGUGGCGGCGGCGGCCGCAGCCGGUUAAUAUUAUUCCUAACAGUAGGUGUCGUUUUGUGGUCCGCUGCAGCCACGGUGUGAGAGAGAGAGUGAGGCGCCCCACCACCACGCGGGACUGGUGAUGUCCGCGGCGGUGGUGGUGGUGGCGGUGAGUCAGUCCAUGAGUCAGUGAGUCCGUCAGUCAGUGAGUCGAGUCAAUGGUCACCAUCUCGUUGUCACAAAGAAGGAGAAGGAGAAGGGGUAGGAAGACUUCAGCAGCAGGAGUCUGCCGUCAGCGUUGAGGCCACACCCCGGCGCGGCGGUGUGGCCGUGGUGGUGGUGUGGAGUGGUGGAGUGGUGGUGUUGGUGUGGAGCGGUGGAGUCAACAUAUCUGAACCUGCCUCUGUUAUUUGGUACCGUAACUUUGUAGGUUAAGGCCGCGGCGCUAGGCGAGGUGUACGUACUUACAGUAGUAGUCUUACCUGUAGUCAGGUGAAGUGUUUAGUCACACGCUAUGUAAAAACAAAGUAUACAAUAAUUUUGCUAAUAAUAUUACUUCCUAAUGAUGUCUGCGAGGCGCCAGCCAGCCUGCCAGCCUGACACAGCCGCACGCGCGUGCCCCAAGGCGCGGCGCGGCGCGGGCGGGCGGCGGGGCGCGGCGAGCGGCGCGCCGUCCGCCCGCUGCCGCCGCGUCCCGCCGCCUGCAGGAGCGCCUCGCAGCCCGCCGCGCCGCGCCGCGGGCGUGGCACGCGCAGAGAGACUAACACAUAUCACGGCUUUAGGCUAACGCGAUGCUGUUCCUCGUUGAGUUCCGUUGUGUGGCGGCGCGACGCCCGGGGCAAGGCCGCCGCCUGGCCGGCACCCCGCCCCGCCCCGCCCCGCCGGGCGUGACGGCGGCGGCGAGGGUCGGCGCCCCGGGCAGCGUCUUGGUGACAUAUCUGUAUAAAGCUGACGCCCAGCUGUACAUUGUGGACACGCUUGCUGCGCCGGGCCGCGGCGCCCCGCGUGUCAGGCCCCGGCUCGGCGCGCACACACACACACACACACACACACACACACACACACACACACACAGCCUCCUCCAGGCCCCCCUCCCCCGUCACAGCAUCAGCCGCCGUGGAGGAGGUUCGCAGGUUUUGUAUAUUCACUGUACAAUGAGUCCCUGGCCGCCCCCCCGCCCCCCUCUGUGGCUUGCCCGCCCCCGUGUACCCUGGCACCGCCUGCGUCACGCGCACCGCCGCGCGUCGCGUCACCACAAGUGUUAGACCGUUACAAUCAAAAGCGUCGCCCCCCUUCACCCCCUCCUACACCCCCCUGGGCCCCGUCGCCGGGGCCUCCAGUACUCCGCGGGGCGGCCAGGCUGCGGGCGGGGCGGGGCGGGUCGCCUGCCCCGCCCCGGCCGCCGCCUGGCCGCCCCGCCCUCCGUGCGGCGUCGCGGCGUGUCCUAUACAUACUAACAGUGUUCGGCGGACGCUGGACGCGCAGCUCCGGGAUAUAAAUAUAAAUAUAUAUAAAUACAUAACUAUACACACACACGCGCGAUAUAUUUUUUGUUGUUUCCUUGAGCGGCUGACCUCCCUUCCCGCGCCCGCGGCGGCGGCGGCGGCGGGCGGCGCCGCGGCCCCGCCCGUCGCCUCCGCCGCCGCCGCCGCCGCCCCUGGCGGGGUCCGGGCGGCCCUCCGCUUCUCGCUUGUGCUUUGUGGCCGGUCAUCAUCAGCUUGUGUAGCCAACAGGUCAUGAUAGGUUUAUUUUGAUACCUCACAAAGCAUCGCCGGGACACUGUGACGCAGCAGCAGCAGCAGCAGCAGCAAUAUUAACAACAAUAAUGUACUAACUGUAACGCUGACCACCAGCGACGUGCCGGCGGGGACGGGGCGGAACGGGGCGGGGCGGAGCGGGGCGCGGGUCGUGCCCUCACCAGCAAUACUAACCCGACAUAUCACGACGGAGGCCCCGCGGCGGCGACGACCCGCGGCCCCGCCCCGGCACUGCCCGCCCCGCCCCGCCCCCGACGGCACCGCGGAUCAUUUAUUGACCCGACGUCGCCCCGCUCCUCCCCGCCCUGCCUCGACACGCCGCGAGGCUGUCAAGGCGGGGCGGGGCAAGGCGGGGCAAGGCGGGCCCCACUGUAAGGGUUGGGAUGGCGCUGGCCGCGGGUGUAGGCACUGCACAAAGUCCCUGGCUUAUGUACUCCGUCAUCAAUAAAUAUUACCUACACCCAA